UGAUCUUUCGUGCAUAAAUAUUUAUCAAUUUAAUUAUGCUAACAGAUUAGAAGAGGAUUAGAGGAAAGUAUUUGUGCGUGUGUUUUUCCAUGGGACAAUAAAUGUGCGUGCUGUCUCUUUGCAGUGGCUCUGUGGCUUUAAAGGGGAGGUGGUUCGCAGAGAGAUAGAACAUAGGUUUAAUGUGCUCGCUUAAAACACUUCUCUGAUUCUCUCUCUUCUUUCCCUCCGCAGAUUCCCAGACCUUCUCCAGAAAGCUGCGCGCACCCAACACAGAGCGAUGGGAGAAGCCGAGACGCGUCAGAAGUUGCUUCGCAACGUGAAGAAGGAGGUGAAGCAAAUUAUGGAGGAAGCAGUAACGAGGAAAUUUGUGCAUGCAGACAGCAGCCACAUUAUCUCCUUCUGUGCUGUAGUAGAAGCAUGCGUGCUGCAUGGACUGAAGCGUCGAAUUGCAGGCCUGCUGUGCAGUAAUAAGGUCGCUGCACUCUUUAUGAAGGUGGGAAAGAGCUUUUCUCCCGCUGAGGAGCUCUGUAGAAAGGUCCAGGAGCUGGAGCAGCUUAUUGAAAACAGCAAGCAGAACAUUUCUUCACUCAGUAACGACCGCAGUCGGCAGUCAAAGUUGCCCAACCUCCCUCCUCAGGCUCUGAAACAUCUGUGGAUUCGAACAGCCUUGAUGGAGAAGCUUCUGGACAAGAUUGUUAUGUAUUUGGUUGAAAACAGCAGUGGAUUUUAUGAUAAAGAAGCCAUGCUGAUGGAUCCUGUGGAUGGACCAAUCCUUGCAUCUCUUCUCGUUGGGCCCUGUGCGCUGGAGUACACCAAAGUGAAAACGGCCGACCAUUUCUGGACAGAUCCGUCUGCGGAUGAGCUGGUCCAGCGACAUCGAAUCCACAGCAGCCACUGCCGACAGGAUUCUCCCUCUAGAAGGCCUGCCUUGAUCCAAAAGAGACAAUCUAGCGGUAGCAUGGAUGAUCGGCCUCUCACAUGGGUGAGGGAGUAUGUGGAGUCCCUCCACCAAAACUCCAGAGCCACCCUUCUGUUUGGAAAGAACAAUGUUCUGGUGCAGCCGAGAGAUGGCAUGGAGGCCAUUCCAGGCUACCUUUCACUUCAUCAAACUGCAGAUCUCAUGACACUCAAAUGGACACCCAAUCAGUUAAUGAAUGGCAACGUUGGGGAGCUGGACUCUGAAAAGAGUGUUUUCUGGGAUUAUGCAAUGACGAUUCGUUUGGAGGAGAUUGUGUAUCUCCACUGUCAUCAACAAGUAAACAGCGGCGGCACUGUAGUUUUGGUCAGUCAAGAUGGGAUUCAGAGACCCCCACUACAUUUUCCCAAAGGGGGUCACCUGCUUCAGUUUCUCACUUGUCUAGAGACUGGUCUGCUACCUCAUGGACAACUGGACCCUCCACUCUGGAACCAUAGAGGAAAGGGAAAGGUUUUCCCCAAACUGAGAAGGAGAAGUCCACACAGCUCAUGUGAUUCUUUCUCAGAUAAGGAAGAGGAUGAAGCAACUGAUUAUGUGUUUCGGAUCCUCUUCCCCGGCAAUCAGAUGGAGUUCAUGCCUCUUGAGAUGAUGGACCAGGGUGUUAAUAUGUGGCAACCAACACCUAGAAAGUCCUCCUGCUCCUCCUGCUCACACAACGGCUCCUCUGAUGGCUCUUUACCUAAUGGCUGCAAUCAUGAAAGGGCUCCUAUAAAGCUCCUUUGUGAUACAAUGAAAUACCAAAUAAUCUCUCGGGCUUUCUAUGGAUGGCUGGCAUACUGUCGCCAUUUAUCCACAGUCCGGACGCACCUUUCUGCUUUGGUCAACACAACUAUAGUUGAUCCGGAUGUACCUUGCCAUGCACGGGGUGGUCUUACUGUGGAGGUUUGGGAACGUUUUCUCAAGGACAGCUCUGCCUUUGAGGAGAAGGAGAUACACAGGCUUGUGUAUUUUGGGGGUGUGGCCUCAUCACUUCGCAAAGAGGUCUGGCCCUUUCUGCUGGGACAUUAUCAGUUCACCACGACUGAGAAAGUCAGACUGGAGAUCGACGAUCAAAUGCGAGCCAUGUAUGAACAGACAAUGAAGGAGUGGCAGGGCUGUGAGGUCAUAGUGCGUCAGAGAGAGAGGGAGAAGCAUGCCGAAGCCCUUGCACGGUGUUCGUCUGGAGCCAGUGUAGAACGAGGGCCCAUACAGCGGGACUCCACCAUCAGCACAGACUCAUCUCUGAGUAGCAGCUCAGACCAGCAAAACACCCAAAGCCAGUGUGAUUCCAGCAGCUGUGCUAAGGUAUUUGAAUCUGUUGAAGCUGAACCCAUAGCUGAAGGAGAAGAGCUGCCAUCUAUUAGUCUUGUUAAGACCACAGAAGCUCCACAACCUCCUACCUGUGAAUCCUCCAGACCUGCUGUAUCAAAUCAACAUCCAGUUCCAGAAAGCUCCUCUAUAUGCGAGUCAGCAGAUGAACCUGCAGCCUCUCAACAGACAGCCAAAGCAUCAGAAACCUUCUGUGAAGAAACUACUGCCAAAUCAGAACAAGCAGCUUCGGAAUCAGCAGGACAAGAUGUCAAACCUCCACAUCCUGAGGAAGAGGCUGUGAUACACGAGGAGGAGAUGCAUCUAAAAAGUGAGGCUUCUGCAGAGACGGAAAUAAAUAAGACCAAAGAGACAUCUGCAUCUGAGAGUAAUUAUCCCACGACCCAAGGAGUAGUAAAAGAAGUUGAUACAAAUAUAAAUGUGAAGCCGGCUCAAGAAAACACUAAUGUUCUGAAGCUGGAAAAAGAAAUACACAAUGAAUAUUUCCAAGCACCUCCACUCGGAGAAACUUUGACUCUUCAAGCAAACAAGAUCAAGGAUAUCGCAAGGGAAGGAUCUUGUUCAGAGACGUCAAGAGAAAACCCAGAUUCUCACAGUGACGAAAAGCCACAGGGUUCUACAAAAACUGAAAAUGCAGAAUUGGCUGUCUGUGACUUUGCAGAAACCAAAAAAGCUGCAGAGAUGCAACUUGAGAAACCAGGCUCAAACUCUCCGGUCAGACAGGUGCUAAAUGCUCUGCAGACAGCCUCAAGAGGGAGCUUCUCAUUGUCAUCUCACUCUCGUCAGUCUCCAGAUGCAAUAGAUUCGGAUGACUCUCCCUCGGCCUUGGAAAUGGAGGACAUUCCUGCUGGGAUAACAUGUGUGACUUCAGAAGACUUAAAGCCCAGACCGUUGAUAGGGCUUGCUGCGCCUCCCAUUUCCCUGGCACAAAGGGAGAAAAUGGCCUCAGAAAGGCUGGCCCAAGAUCACCAUCUGGACACAGCAUGCAACACCAGCCCUGAGGGCACUGAUCUGGGUCUGUCUGAAGAGGAGGUGGAAAUGGAUAACGUGCUCACUGAACCAGAAUCUGCAGAGAUGGGAGGUGUGACUAAAUAUGAAGAAUCCUCUGAGGAACAGACCUAUUCUCAAGAAACACUCGAUAUGUACUUAAUCAACUUGCAUCGCAUUGACAAAGAUGUCAGACGUUGCGACCGAACGUACUGGUACUUCACCCCUGAGAAUCUGGAGAAGCUGCGUAACAUCAUGUGCAGUUAUGUGUGGCAGCAUCUGGAGACAGGUUACGUGCAGGGCAUGUGUGAUUUAUUGGCUCCCCUUCUGGUUAUUCUGGAUGAUGAGGUAAUGGCCUUUAGCUGCUUCACUGAACUGAUGAAGAGGAUGAACCAAAACUUUCCCCAUGGAGGGGCCAUGGACACCCACUUUGCGAAUAUGCGGUCACUUUUACAGAUCCUGGACUCUGAACUGUUUGAGCUAAUGCAACAGAAUGGAGACUACACUCACUUCUACUUCUGUUACCGCUGGUUCCUUCUUGACUUCAAAAGAGAAAUGGUUUAUGAUGACGUGUUCUCUGUAUGGGAAACAAUCUGGGCAGCCAAGCACACUUCUUCAGAGCACUUUGUGCUUUUCAUCGCUCUUGCCCUUGUGGAGAUGUAUAGAGACAUCAUUUUGGAAAAUAACAUGGACUUCACUGACAUUAUCAAGUUUUUCAAUGGUAAGAUGACAUAG